GCUUGGCCAGUCUCCCAUUUCCUCAUCCUAGGCAAUUCCCAAGCGAAGACGAUAUUCGACAGACAAAGUUGAUCAUUGGUCAGUUGGACCGAAAGAUUGAAGAUUUAGAGAACGACAUCAAAAAACUUCAGACGCAACUACAACAAGUUCAACGAAAAAGGACCAACUAUGCGUCAUACAUCUCCCCAUUGAGGCGGUUACCAACAGAGUUACUCAGUAUGAUCAUCAAAAUCUAUCUCAAGGAGUUUGGAGAAAUCACAACAAUCGCGAGCGUGUGUAGUCGGCUGCGGGAGGUUGUGUUGGGAAUGGCAGGGUUUUGGAGUAACAUUUCACUUCGUGACAUCGAACCAAAGGAAGGUGGUCACUACAUGCGUCGUAUUAAUGGGCGUUAUGGAUGCUCCGUAGAAGGAGGCAUUCAAUGUACGACAUUGGAGCAGUUGGAAUUGGUUUUGAAUAGGGUGGGAAAAUCUCCAUUGAAGCUUGUAGUGUCCUGGCCAGUAGAAUCCGGGACACUCGAGCUCCUGGCAGAUCGACACUGCCCAAUUCACACUCUGGUGGUCCUUGAUAAAUGGAAUUCUGCGAUGUGGUUUUCCGGAUUCCAUAAUCUUAACUUGGAUCAACUCCAGGAACUUCAACUGCGGAAGUUACGAUGGGACCAGUCUAGACCAAUCAUGGAUCUGGCAUUGGGGUCAAACUGUAACAGGAUGACUCUCGACAUCAACUAUGGGUCACCUACUCUAGAACUAUUCCAACACGAGUUGAUGCAACGAGUUGUCAACCUUGGAAUUGCGACCGGUGAGCGGAUAUCUCUUAAUGUUGAACCCCAUGUAAUCUCAUUCACAGAUGACGGUCUUAUGGAGCAUUUAUACCAAGAAUCAUCGGGACUGAGUGAGAUAUCUUUCCCAAAUGUCGAAACUUGGAGGCUAGAAGGAGAAAAUGGCCUUAUUCGCUCCCUGGACCUUAGUGGUGCAAGGACUGUCAAAUUCUUGUCCAUGGACUAUCCUAAUAAACCGAUUGUCGCUAAUUUCCCAAGCCAUUUGACAGAGUUGGACCUAGUGUGUGUUAUUCUUGCUCCUGAAUCAUUGCAGAGUGGCCAACGGCAGUCGUUACCCUGCUUAAAGAGUCUGAGACUCGAAGAUGUAUUAUUCAUUGGCCCUUUCCAAAAAUAUUUCCAUUGUCCUAGGCUCGAAUCCUUAACCUAUUGGAUCCCACAUAAGGACGUAGAGGAAACCACUAUAGAAGGCAGCAGAUUGCUUUAUAAGGACCCGGUAUUACAAGUGUUUGAAGUUUCAUUUUUCCGGGAGACUUCAGCCUUAUCCUUUUUACAUUUGGAGGGGACCACCCUGGAUGUAAGUACGGCACCGACCCUUGCAGCAUGCCCCAUGUUGCGCGAGUUGGAAAUAAAGGACUGUCACAUAAACGAAUUUAUCCACCCCUUCAUACGGCGGUUAGGAAAAAUGGCCCACUUCCCAUCUCUGAAAGUCCUCUCCAUCCACGACUCCUGGCCAAGCAACGCAGAAAUGUCUCAUGAAGAGUUUAUGGCGCAAUGCGGCUCAAAGCGACCUGGACUUUACUAUACGGGAAAUGGACAAGAAGAAUAUGUUGAAUCCCCUUCCCCUUCCGAAGAUACGGACGAUGCGGAUCUCCAGUCCUCCUUUGACAGUAUGGAUGAAGUAGACAUAGUCAUAGAGUCCGCUGACGACGAUGAGUAG